AGACGCAGUUUGUCUCUGCCUGUUAAGGAGCAAGCGUGUCGCAUUCACUCACGGCAUAUUAUAGACUAGCGUUUCAUAAAUAUAAGGCUCUUUGUCUAAGACAUGACGCUUAGCCUAACAGGUCAGGAGACAGUGAUGGGCCUGACUCUACUAUUUUGCCUGCUAUCUUUUCAAUUUCCUUUCGUUUUUUCUGUAAGAAACAUUUCUCUGAAGUGCAUGCAAGAUACUGAUGAAUUCCUUUCCGAUCUGAAUUCAGUGAAGCCCAGAGAAUACGCUCUAAGAAUGUAUGACUCUCUGGGGAAGCUUGGAAGCAACAUUCUUAAUGGAAAUGUGGACAGGCUGGGAUCAUACAGCGAGUGUCUUUCCACCCGUGCUCCCAAGGGGAACUUCCGAGGGCAGUACUGCAAGCUUCAUAUACUGCAGGAUGGGGCUGACUACAGUGUGGGCGUGUGUGUCCCCGAUUCUUGUGCUGAAGAGGAUGUAACUCUGAUGUCUCAGCUGGAUACUUUAAGAUUCAGAAAUACUUCAUUUUUGGCCCCGUCCCUCUCUCUUUUUACAACAAAUUCUUCCUCCCCGUCUGGUGGGAGUGUGGCCAGAUGUGCUGCUGGAAUGUUCCCCCUGGACACGUUUGCGGCCGUGUGUCUGGUCAUCACCUUGCUGGGUCUUGCCCUCCCUCUGGCUGGAACAGUCUGCGUGGCAGCCAGGGAGUGGGGGUCAGCCUGUAGGACAUCGUGGGAACACGGGGGCACUCGGGCCACUUACGGGAGUCUGCCAUUGAGCGAGGUGGAGAGCAAUGAACAAAGCAGCAGAAUCCCACAGACCCACCGUCUGGCGCAUCUCCCCGGGUCAGCAGCCCCGAGCAGAGGAAAAAGGUUUCUACGAGCCGUGGCUUAUGCUCUGCAGUGCUUUUCAUGGCAGAGGAAUGUGCCAGCCAUCUGGACUACAAAGACGCCAGGCGGCACCUGCUCUGCGCUGAAUGGCGUUCGUGUCUUGAGUCUCCUCUGGAUCAUCUUGGGACACACCAAUCAGAUGACUGCAUGGCUGUCUUUGGAUAAUGUGCUUGAAUGGAAAAGCAGAGUUCUUCGAAACCCACUGUGCCUUUACUCUCGGAGCGGGCCCUUCUAUCUUGGAGUUGACACGUUUUUCCUGAUCAGUGGAUGGUUAAGCGCAAGGUCGUUUUUAAAGAUGCAUCAGAAUUCAGACAAAGGAAUAACCCCUAAAGUCAUACUCAGAUAUGUUCUCAGUCGCCUGGUAAGGUUGCAGCCUCUUCACCUGUAUUCAGUGUGCUUGUUGGUUGGACUGUUCUCUCUUAUUCCCUGGGGACCUGUCUGGGAAGUGCCCAAAUUCCACUGGGAUAGCUGCCGGAAAGCGUGGUGGACAAAUCUGCUGUUGCUAAAUAACUUUGUGUCGGUCCCGAGUGCGUGCAAUGGCUGGACCUGGUACCUUGCCAAUGACUUCCAGUUCCACCUCACCACCCCAGUAAUUAUCUUCAUCCACGCUAAGAGUACACAAAUCCUCAUCCUUCUUGGGGCCGCGCUGUUCCUGGCAUCUUUCACAGCCACUGCUCUGAUCACACUGGUGUAUAAACUUCCCGUGGUGGCUCCAUCCGAAUCCAGUGAAGAGGCGACUGUAUUGUAUUUCUCAGAGUACUACACGAAGCCCUACUGCCGGUUCGGGCCAUUCCUUGUGGGCCUCUUCCUGAGCAUUUACAUGCACCAAAACCACCAGGAAAACAUUCUCAGAACCAAGAUGCAGGUCCUGCUGGGGUGGAGCUGCUCCCUCACCACCCUGUUUGUGGUGGCUGCUCUGGCGUAUGUGGUAGACGACACCUCUGCUUCUCCUUCAGUGGCUGCAGCUCUCUACCAAGCCCUCCACCGGACCCUGUGGGCGGCGGCCGUGGGUUGGAUCCUUUUUGCGUGCCAGGGAGGAUAUGGAGGUCUGGUGAACCGGGUGCUUUCUUGGGACAUCUGGAGCUUCCUGGCCAGCAUCAGUUAUGCUUGCUACUUGGUGCAUCCGAUUCUGAUCAUCCUUUAUAAUGGCCUUCAGGAAACGCUUAUUCACUACACUGAUACCAACAUGACUUGUAACUUUAUCCUAGAAGCUCGGUGGUAUGACCCGCUAGCAUGCAUAAUUCAUGGGUCUGUCAUUACAGGGCCUUUCCAAUAUCACCUAUUCUUCAACACAGCCCCUGUUUUGGACUGAAUUGUAUCCCCUCCCAAAAGAUCUGUUGAAGUCCUUACUCCCUGUGCAUCAGAAUGUGGCCUUAUUUGGAGACAGGAUGUUUACAGAGGCAGUUAAGUCCAAUGAGGUCACUGGAAUGGAGACGCUAAUCCAUUAUGACUGGUGUCCUUUAUAAUAAGGGGGAGUUUGGUCACAGAGACAGGCGUGCACACAGGGAAGACGGUGUGAAGACACAGGGAGAAGACGGUGAUGUACAAACCAAGGGACACCAAGGAGUGCCGGCAAACCCCGGAAGCCGGAGGAGGUAAGGCAGGAGCCUCCGCUGGAGCUGGCCCUGGAAGACACCUCGAUUUUGGACUUCCGGCCUCCAGAACUGUGAGAUAAUUCAUGGCUGCUGUUUCAAGCCACCUGGUGUUUGGUACUUUGUCCCAGCAGCCCUAGAUAAAUGGACCAUCCCUACGCACCAAGACAGUGCCCACACAAAAACUAACAGAGAAAGAAGAGACCUCAGCCAGUGGCUUCUAGCCCAACCCCCUCAAUUUCCAGUGAUGAGACCUAGAGAUGGGGAGAGACUUGCCAGGCCAAACGGAGAUGCUGUGAUCCAGGUUCUCAGCGGUGUGUUUUUUCUAGGUGUAUAAUUUCACAUUAGCUGUCUACACUUACUGAAUAAUUAAGCCCAUUCCAUCGCUUAAAAUAAAGCUCUUUGUUUACUUCGUCAUUAAAGCAUUAACGACCACA